GAACACGCUUCAGUCUGUCGUGCGCUGCCCGGAGAAGCAUCUGCUGCCGUGAUUGCGAGCUGUACCUUUAACUCAUUGCAUUGACCAUGUCUAACAACGAGAAUGCAUCUGCCGCUCGCCUUAACCGGUUUAAGAACAAGGGCAAGGACACCUCAGAGAUGAGGAGGAGACGGAUUGAAGUAAACGUUGAGUUAAGAAAAGCCAAAAAAGACGAUCAGUUGUUGAAGAAGAGGAAUGUCAGCUCUUUCCCGGAUGAACCAAUUUCCCCUCUUCAAGAGAAAAACCAGAAUGGUCAGACCUCAACUCAGUGGAGCAUUGAAGAGAUUGUUAGGGGAGUGAACAGCAACAAUCUGGAAGCGGAGUUACAAGCUACUCAGGCUGCCCGGAAACUGCUAUCCAGAGAGCGUGAACCUCCCAUUGAUAAAAUAAUUCAAGCUGGACUAAUUCCUAAAUUGGUAUCAUUCCUGGGGCGUACAGACUGCAGCCCCAUCCAAUUUGAAGCAUCCUGGGCUCUCACAAACAUAGCAUCUGGCAACUCUGAUCAGACUAAAGCUGUUGUAGAAGGUGGUGCUGUUCCUGCCUUCAUUUCCUUACUGGCAUCUCCUCAUACUCACAUUAGUGAGCAGGCUGUGUGGGCCUUGGGCAACAUUGCAGGUGAUGGCUCUGCCUACAGAGAUUUGGUCAUUAAAUAUGGUGCAAUCGAGCCUUUGCUGUCACUUCUUGCUGUUCCUGAUCUAUCUUCUCUUGCUGCUGGAUAUCUACGUAAUGUGACUUGGACUAUUUCCAACCUUUGUCGCAACAAAAAUCCAGCACCCCCACUUGAAGCCAUACAGCAAGUCCUACCAGCAUUGGUGAGAUUGCUGCACCAUGAUGACCGUGAAGUCCUUGCAGAUACGUGCUGGGCAGUGUCCUACCUUACAGAUGGUUCUAAUGACCGCAUCGAUGUGGUGGUAAACACUGGUCUGGUACCUCGUGUUGUUCAGCUGUUAAAGUGUGGGGAGCUGUCUAUAGUGACACCUUGCCUAAGAACAGUAGGCAAUAUUGUAACUGGUACAGAUGAGCAGACUCAGGUGGUCCUUGAUGCAGGAGCACUAGAAGCCUUCCCUGACCUGCUCACUCACCACAAAAAUAACAUCCAGAAGGAGUCAGCCUGGACUCUCUCCAAUGUUACAGCUGGGCGACAGGAACAGAUACAAGAAGUUAUUAACCAUGGCCUUGUACCUUAUCUCAUUGACAUCCUAAGGAAGGGAGACUACAAGACACAGAAGGAGGCAGUUUGGGCUGUCACAAAUUACACAAGUGGGGGUUCAAUUGAUCAGAUUAUCUACCUUGUACAGUGUGGGGCCAUAGAACCGUUGUCAAAUCUACUUUCUGCAAAGGACAGCAAAACUGUAUUAGUUCUUCUGGAUGCCUUUACAAAUAUCUUUGCAGCUUCCGAGAAAAUUGGGGAGACUGAGAAACUUUGCUUGAUGAUUGAAGAGUGUGGGGGCUUAGACAGAAUUGAGGCCCUGCAGUCACAUGAGAACGAGCAGAUCUACAGAGUGUCUUCUUCACUGAUUGAGAAAUACUUCUCCUCAGAGGAUGCAGAAGACGAGGCAGUUGCUCCAGACACUACCUCUGAUGGUUACGCCUUCCAAGUGCAAGAGGGCACUCACACUACUUUUGACUUCUAAAUGUUUUCAAGGCCCCCUGUUUGUCCUUUCCCAUUUCAUUGUUUGUCUUUUUUCUAUGUGAACUAGCACUUUUUCAGUCUUACUUGAAUAGUACUCUUAACUGUACAUACUGCAAAUGUGAAUCUUAAAUACUUCUGGUGUGUUAUCAAAUCUCUGUAAAUAAAUACGUUUUUUAGUUCACAAUUUAGCAUUCACAGGUUCUAUAGAAAUCCAAUUUUUUUUGUCUAAUGCCAAAUAUUGGUGCAAUGUUUAUAGGGGUGUGUUUUUUUUGGGCAAAAAGGGGUUAAGUGUUUGAAAGCACUUGUGUAUGUUACUAGCACUGAUGUGGAGGAAAUUCUAAAUACAAAUGUUACAUUUUUGUGUGAA